AUGAAUAUAAUUGAAAAGGAUUUCUUUCUUAAUAUAUUUAGAGGAGGUCCUGGAAAGCAUUUUUGCUCAGGAAGAGAAAAUUUUUUUUUAGAAAAUAAUACUCUCGAAUUAGAUAUAAGAAAAGAAUUUCUAAAACAAUUAGAAAAUCCCUCAUUUUUAUCGAAAUUUUCAGAGUUAAAGAGAAAACUAAUUUAUGAUUUUUACAUUAUAAAAAAAGAAGAAAUCAAGAAAAGAUUAUGGGCGAAUUUUGAAAAUAUUAUUGAUAACUUAGAUGAUAAAGAUGCUAUUAAAUUAUAUGGUAAAUUAAGAAAAAAUAAAGAUGAUAUUGGGUUUUUCUUAAAUUAUUUACAUGAUUUUAAUAAAUUUAGUUAUAAAAAAAAGAGAAAAAUUCUAAAUAAAACGCGUGAAGAAUGUGAACUAAAUAAUUUUAAAUGUUAUUUACCUGAAAAUAUAAAUUUAGAAAACAUAUUAUGGAAUGAUAUUGAUAUGAGUAACUACAAAAAUAAAAAUUUUGAUCGUAUAAAUAAAGAAAUUAAUAAGUUAUGGCAUAUAUAUAUAACUUGUAAUAUACUAAAUGCAAAUAAAUGUCAAAAUAAAGAAAUAAUAGAAGACAUUUUACAUAAGUUAAUAAAAAAAGAACAUGAAAGAAUAGAAUAUUUUGAAGGGAAAAAAAAAAUAGCUUUAUGUGAUUUAUUAAAUAUUCGCAAAAGAAAAUAUAAAGAUAUUACAAAUGAUGAAGAUGAUACUUCAGAGAACGGGAAUACAACAAUAAAUAAUUAUAGUGAUAAUUUUUUUUUUGAAAACAAUGAUUUAAAAAAUGAUAAAAACUUUUUAUUAAACAAAAAAAGCGAUAAUGAGGUAAUUAAUGGUUAUAAUAAUGAAUUCAAUGAAAAAAAUUGUGUACAUGAAAACGAAAAUAUUACCAAUAUAAGCAAAAAAAAUUAUAUAAACAAUUCACAAAAUGUAAAUAAAAAUUUUACAAAUACCUUGAAAUGUAUUAAUAAAACAAGUUCUAUUAAGAAAGAUGAUUGUGCCUUAUAUAACAUUAAUAACGUAUAUGAAAAAGAAAAUGCUCUCAUACAAACAAAGGAAAAUGAAAAAAUAGUAUUAAACACAAAAGUACAUAGUAAAAAUAAUAAAACACUUCAAGAAAGUAAAAUUAAUAUAGGGUUGGAUUCUCAGAAAGAUUCUAGUAAUACCUUAAUAAACGAAAAAGAUGCCAUAGUACAUAUAGGCUCAAAAGAUAUAAAAACAGAAAAUUGGAAAGAAAAUGAAAUAGUAUUUGAUUUUUUAUUAAAUUCAAUUAGAGGAGAAAUCAAAUUAAAAAUAAAAAAUUUUGUUAAAGUUCAUCAAGUAGGUCAAGGGGCUUAUGGGGAUGUAUGGAUGGCUGAGGAUAUUACACAUAAUAAGAGAGUAGCUUUAAAAAAAUUAAAAUUAAAUGGAGAUAAAGAAGGUUUAGCUAAAACUUAUAUAAGAGAAAUAUCUAUAUUAAAUUCUUUAAAACAUGAGAAUAUCGUUGAAUUAAUAGGCGUCGUACAUUCAAAAUUACCUUUUGAUGAAGAUUUACAAAACCAAUAUUCUGUUUGUACAGAAUAUAAAAAAAAAAUAUACUGUAAUAAAUAUAAUAAAAAAUUUGAAAUGGUUUCAAAGAAUAAUACAAUGGAAGUUAAUAAUUUAUGCAAUCUAAAUAAAAAAGAUACUGAUUUAAUUGGGGGAAAAAAAAAGACGAAAAAAUAUAGAAGAAAAUCUUCUUUAAUUUCCACACCAUAUUCUCAUUCUUCAUCAUAUUCCUCUUCGUCAGAUUCUUCAUUAGAUUCUUUAUCAAGUUCAUCAUAUUGCUCAUCUUCCUAUGAUAGCUUGUCUUCUUUCAAAUCGUAUAAAAAAAAAAAAGAAAAAAAAUCAUCCAUAUGGAUGGUUUUUGAAUAUGUACCAUUUGAUUUAUCUGGGUAUAGUGAAGUAUUAAGAGAAGAAAGAGAAAAAAAAGAUAGAUAUAAAAGUGGUAAUUUAUUUACUAUAGGAGAAAUUAAGAACUUAUUUAUGCAGUUAUUAAAAGCAUUAGAUUAUUGUCACAAGAAUAAUAUAAUACAUAGAGAUAUAAAAAUAGCUAAUUUAUUAAUUGAUAAAAAUGGAGUAUUAAAAUUAGCUGACUUUGGUUUGGCUAGAUUCCAUUCAGAUAUUAAUUCAUCUAAUAUGACUAAUAGAGUAAUUACAUUGUGGUAUAGACCUCCUGAAUUAUUACUAGGAUCAGAAAAUUAUUUGUCUUCUGUUGAUAUGUGGAGUUGUGGUUGUGUUUUGGCUGAAUUAUUAACGAGUAAUCCUUUAUUUUCUGCUGAUAAUGAAUCAGAUAUUUUAAAAAUGAUUGUUAAUAAAAUUGGUUUUCCUAAUGAUAAGGAUUUAAAAUAUUUAAAAAAUUUGCCUUACUGGAAUUCCUUAAAUUUUAAUCCUAUUCAUCCAAACAAUAUUAAUAAUAUAAAUCUUAACAAGAAGUUAGAAAUAGAAAACUCUAUUAGAAGUAUACCUGGUGUUGGUGAUUUAGGAUUAGAUCUUUUGAAAAAGUUUUUGAAAUGGAACCCUUUUGAAAGAAUAACUGCAAAUGACGCUCUUAAUCAUCCAUGGUUUAAAAUUUCCCCAUAUUCUGAAAAAAUUCAUCAACGUAAUAAUAUAAGAGCUGCUCAUAGUUUUAUGACAAAAAAUUAUAAAAAAAGAGAUCCUUCUAAAAUUAGUUAUAGAAAAAAUCAAGAAAAUUUUAGAUUUUUAAAUGUUGGGAAUUAUAGGAAAGCUUUUUUUUUUAAUAAAUACAAUGAACAGUUUCUUCAUUCAGUAUCUUCUCAGAAUCCUAUUUUGAAAAAGUUCCCUUUUUCUUCUGAUAAUAUCCAUAUAGAAUCAAAUAAAAAUUUGAAGAAGAGUAUGGAAAAUGAAAAAGGAGAAUUAGAAAAUAAAAAAGAAAUAGGAGUUAUUGAAAAUAAAUUAUAUAUAAAAGGAUCAGAAUACAUAGAAAAUAAUAAAGAAAAUAUAAAAACAUUUUGUGAUAAUUUUAACAAUAGCAAUAAUAAUAUCAUGAAUCAUAAAAAAUUUGAAUUAAACAUUAAUGAUAAAUCAUGUAGUAAUUCAAAAGAAGGAACAAAGAGCCAUAAAAAUCAUUUAAUUAAUGAGCAAAAGAAAGAUCAAGGUCUAAAAGAAAAUGAGAAAAAUGAUGUAGGAAAAUCAAAAUAUUCUGAUUUUAAAUUAAAAGAAAGUAAUAAUCAUAGUUACAUAAUCAGACUCAGAGAUGAAAAAAAGAAAGAUAAAGAAAAGAAAUAUGCUGAUUUAGAAAAGACAAGAUGUAGUAAUAGUUAUUUUAGAAAAAGCAGAGAAAUGGAUGAAAAAAGAAAAUACAUUUCUAAUUAUAGAAAUAUGUAUAAUACAGAUAGUUACAGAGAUAAAAUAAGUUAUAGGAGUAGAGAAAGAGAAUGGCUUAGAAAGAAUUAUAGAAAUAGAAGUAAAGAUAUAUAUAGAGAAAGAGAAAGAAGAAGGGAAAGGGAGAGAGAAAGGGAGAGAGAAAAGGAAAGGGAAAAGGAAAGGGAAAGGGAAAGGGAAAAGGAAAGGGAAAAGGAAAGAGAAAGGGAAAAGGAAAGAGAAAGGGAAAGGGAAAAGGAAAGAGAAAGAGAAAGGGAAAAGGAAAGAGAAAGAGAAAGAGAAAGGGAAAAGGAAAGAGAAAGAGAAAGGGAAAGGGAAAGGGAAAAGGAAAGAGAAAGGGAAAAGGAAAGAGAAAGAAAAAGAGAAAAAGAAAAAGAAAGAAAAAGACAAAGAGAAAAAGAAAGAGAAAAAGAAAAAGAAAGAGAAAGAGAUAAAGAAAAAGAUAGAGAAAAAGAAAAAGAAAGAGAAAGAGAUAAAGAAAAAGAUAGAGAAAAAGAAAAAGAUAAGGAAAAAGAUAAAGAAAGAGAUAAGGAAAAAAAUAGGGAAAGAAAUAAAGAAAAAGACAGAGAAAAAGAAAGAGAUAAGGAUAAAAAUAGAGAAAAGGAUAAAGAAAAAAAUAAAGAAAGAAAUAAAGAAAAAGAAAAGGAUAAAGAAAUAGAAAAAGAUGUUCAAAAAAAGAAAAGGAAAGAUAGUGAAGAAGAUAGAGAUAAGGAAAUAGGAAAGCAAAAAAAAAAUGAAAAAGAUUUAGUUAACAAUAUGAUAAUACAAAAGGAAUUCGAAAAUGAAGAAAAGAAAAUAAAGGAUUAUGAAAGAAGCAUAAAAAAUGUAAAAUGUAAAUCGGAAUAUAAUUUAAAUGAAAACAUCAAAAAUGAAAAAAAUUUAAAUAAAAAAAAGAAAAAUAAAGAAAAUACAGAUUACAACAAUGACUACCAAAGUAAAGAACAAAAAAAGCAUAAGUUAGAUGUAGAAGAAAUUAAAAAUAUAAAGAAAAAGAAAAUAUAA